CACUUGGUGAGAAUGGCCGCAUCUGCUUCCGAGAUCGAGGACUUCUUAAACGGACCUCUAGUUUCGUGGCUAAAAUCAUGUCUACCGGAUCCUACAAGUAUCAAGGAAUACUCCUCUCUUUUCAAUGGAGAUAUCCUACACCAUAUCUACCUCCAGAUUGACCCAGAACCUUCAUGUCACAUAACCAAGCUUAGUGGCCUUGAAGAUCAGGCGCUUAUUUUAGGGAGAGUGAAAAACUUUGAUGCAAUAGUAAAAAAUGUAAAAGCUUUGUAUGAUGAAGAAUUGGGAAUGACUCUUUUGGUGGUCCCUGAAUGUAUAUGCUUAGGAAAAGCACCUGAAACACGAGAAGGAUUGGAAAAUAUGAAACUUUUAUCUCUCUUGCUACUUGGAGCGGCGGUCCAGUGCCCGAACAAAGAGAUUUUUAUAACAAGGAUUAAAGAAUUAGAUGUCGACCUGCAACAUAACAUUGUAGAAUGCAUUAAACAGGUAACGGACAUGCAGACAGUCGUCUUAACACCAGAUGCAAUUGACCUCUUCCAAUCGCCAACAAUGUUUAAUCACAUGAGAAGGCUAGCAAAAGAAAGGGACCAUUAUUUACAAAACUGGGCAUCUCUUGUUCUUAAUGAAGGAUUAUGCGAAAAUGAAAACGAAAAUAAGAAUGGAAAAAGUCGAUCAACUCAAAAUGUUAAUCAGAAUAAUGGAGAAAGUCAACAUCUUGCAGUAGAAUUAGCAGACUGGAAAGCACGGCUAAGAAAGCAAAGACAGGAACUAGAAGAAAAAUCGGAACAAUUGUCAGAAUGUCGAGAAGAAUUAGAGCAUACCAAGUUAACACUUUCAAAAUUACGUGCUGAUAGUCAAGAGUGGUUUAAUGAAGCAAGAAAAGCAGCAGGGUAUAGAGACGAAGUAGAUGCUUUGAGAGAAAAGGCAGAGAGAUGUGACAGGUUAGAACAGGAAAUUCAACGAUAUCGCGACCGAUUAGCUGAUGCUGAAUAUUAUAAGACUAGAGUAACCGAAUUACGAGAAGAUAAUAAAGCUUUAAUGGAAACAAGGGACGCUUUAGAAGAGCAACUGCAAAGGGCUAGAAAAAGGGCCGAGCAAUGUUUAUCUCUAGAAGCAGCAAUGAUAAAAUUGAAACGAGAGGCUAAUGAUAUUGCAUUGGAAAGAGAUGCAGAUCAACAGAAAAUUCAGGAACUGAUUGAGGAAAAUAAUCAUUUGCAAUACAUAACAAAAUCUGUUUUAAGUGAAAGCAACAACAGUAACUUAGACACUGAUAAUGAAUGUGAGAAUACUUUAGAAUCGGGCGAAAAUAGUUUGUCUGAACAAUUAACAAGUAACGCACAAGCAAGAGCUUUAAAACUUGAAUUAGAAAAUAAAAGAUUACUCUCUACAAUUGACAGUCUGAGAGAACAAUCACUACUUGAGAGUAGUGACAAAGUAUUAGAAUUAGAGAAAGAAAAAAAGAGAUUAACUCUUAAAUGUGAUCAGUUACAAGAAAAUUGUAACAGGCUGAAGCAACAAAAUUCUGAACUGGAAGAAGUAUUCAAAAAUGCAUUAGAAGAAAAUAGAAAACUACAAGAUUCCUUAGAUAAUCAAAAAUCUUUUAUCGACAGGCAGGCAAUUGAUAGGGAUUCGGAGAAGAACAAACUACAAGACUUCGAAAGGCACCUGGAGUCUUUAACUAAAGACAAACAAAGAAUACAAAUGUUGUGUGAUUCAAUACAAAGAAGGGCCGAUGAUCUUGAAAAAACAUUAGAUGCCAGAACAAAAGAAUUAAAUGUCGUCAAACCUGAAGCUGAAAAAGUAACUCGUUUAAUUAUACAAACUGAAGAACUUAAAACAAAACUAACUUACAGUGAAAAAGAAACCCACAAUUUACAAAGAGAAGUUACAAAGUUAAGAGAAGCAGUUGAAGAAAAAGAUGUCACACUAGACACCAUUACUACUGAAAUAGAACUUAAAAACAAAGAAAUAGAACGAUUAACUAGGCAAUUAGAUAUUAAUCAAUCGCUAACUAGUAGACUUCAAGAUUUAGAACAAAAGACGCAAGAGUUAAAGUCAAAUAAGAAAGUAGAUGCUGAAACUAUACAAACUCUUCAAAAAGAUCUGAUCUUGGAAAAAGUUAAUUUUGAUAAGUUAAGAAAUUGUAUGGACAAAUUGGGAAUUAAUACAUCAGAGGUGUUAUCCAAGGACGCAAGUAUUGAAGAAUUGUUAGAAAAAAUUGUUGCAAAUGUAGAUCAUGAAGCAUUGAUAUCUGAAAUUAUUUCGAAAGCGAGUUUCUUUAAUGCUGUUCCAUGUAAUUGUAAUAAUAAAGAGAAGCCAGAUAUCGAUGAAAAUGUAGUGAAUCCUCAAAUUGAACAAUUGACUGCAGACUUAACCGCGUUACAAGUUUCUUUAGAAAAUUGCCAAGCAGAGAAUGCUAAGCUACAGGUGAAUGUGGCGACGCUAAAUUCGCAAAAUGGUUCUCUUAUUUCACAACAAAUGACUCUACAACUUGCCAAUAGUCAAUUGGCAGCAGAAAAAGAAGAAAUAAUUAAACAACUGGAAGUUUUGAAAGACAAACAAGAUAACCUUUUACGUGACCAAGUAGCUUUGCAAACUCUGCAUGAGCAGUUAAACACAGAAUAUGAAACGUUACUUAGUGAAAAAGAACCUGUCAAAGCAGUAAUUAAAGAUUUAAAACUUGAAAACAGGGAGUUAAAAGAAAAACUAACUACUUAUGAAAAGAAGAUAUCAGACUUUGAACUAGAGCGGGAGAACUUAAAGAUUGAGUCACGUAACUUAACAAAUUUAAGAGCUGAACAUUCUAAAUUAAAGGAAGAUUUUAGAAAUUUAUUUACUGCCAGUGAUAGAUUGAAAAAUGAAUAUAGAAAUAUGCAAGAAGAAUACAGAAAUAUUCGAAGUGAAGUAGCACAAUUAAAGUUAAGGAAUACAGAAAUUUCUGGUGAAAUUAAUACUAAAUCGGAAAUUAUUACUAGCAUGGAGUUGGAAAUGAGCAAAACAAAUCAACAUUGUGAAAUGUUGAUUCAGAUGAACAAAAGCUUAGAUGCCGAUAGAAGAUCGUUAAUGGAUCACGUUUCUCAACUUCUUACACAAUAUCACGAAUUGUUAGCACAUUCUCUAAAAGAUAAACAACACUACCACGAGGAGGAAAAGAUGUUUGCAGACAGAGUAAAUGCUUUAUGUAGACAAAAAGAAAAAUUGGAAGAAAAAAUUAUGGAACAUUAUAAAAAACUUGAUAAUUGUACACCAAAAAGACGAGGUUUUGGAGCAUCAUUCGUAAAGAGGGUACGUAAAGCCGGAACAGAUUUGAUUAACAAAGUUCCUACCAGAAGCAAUAAAAGAAUAGAUGAUGCUAAUCGUUCAAAGUCGCAAUUGACUUUAGCUGGCUCCGAAUCCGGGGAAUCUGAUCCAGGUAGUCAAGAUUUGGAAAAAUUAUCGAAAGUUUCAGACCAAGAUCAAGGAUCUUCUAAUCCAAGUGUCGAGUCACCUAGACACAGUUCUGACUUGAGUUUUAGAAGAUUUGAAGAUAACAUAAUAAAGAAAUCUGAUAACGUGGAAAUGACAGGCUCUAUUCAUAGCCUCGACCCAAUAAGAACGGGCAGCGAAGGCAAUUUUGUUCGAAGGUUGUCGGCAGCUUCAAUCCAUAGUGGGGGAGGCGACGAUGCUUUAAUUCGAGCAUCUCUACGAAGGCGACCUCAUAAAGCAGUGCAGUCUUCACACCGAAAUAGUUAUCAAGGCAUAGAGGGCGAAUCAACCUUGCCUGCAGCGUCGACUCCAUCUCCAGUAUUCGGAACUGCCGGAACACGUCGUACAGUAUAUUUAGCCGAUGAUAAUCCAGAUGUCACUAUAAACAACAAACCUCAAAGUACUCCUGUCAAGGAAAAUCCAACUUACUUGGUUUACAAUAGAAUUUCAACAGUUAUUGGUGAUGGAGCUUGUCAGAGUAACAGCGAUAGGUCAAUGGAGCAUCAUCAACCUCGGUCUAUGGAAGAAAAUAUGUCAGAGCGAGAAGAUUUGAGAAACGAUAAACGGACAGUAAGUCGUAAUGAAAAGACCGACAACUCUAAAGAAACAGCUAUUUGGUAUGAAUACGGGUGUGUAUAAUGUUUUCAUUACAUACAUAAGUAUAGAAAUAAAUUACAUAAGACAAAAAUAGUUGUGUGAUGUAAUGGAUAGACUGAUGGAAAGCCUUGAGUAACAAAAAGAUUGUGAUUGAGUAAUAUUUGGCCUUAGUACAUAUAAAUGGAUCAUAAUUAUUAAAUAGCAGUAUUAAUUCGGCAUUUAUUUUAAACAAUUCAAUAAUGUAUGUUGAUGGUAAAGACAUAAUUUUAUCUUUUUCAAUUUAUAUAAUAUGUUAAUUGUGCAGUUUUAUUUUUAUUUAUUAUUUACACGACAUAGUAAUUUUGAGGCUAAAGUAUACAUUUUUUAUGGGUUUAUGUGUGAUUGUAAUGUGAUCAAAUGCGUAAUAUUGAGAGAUAUAAUUUUAUAUGAAUUAUCUGUGACAUAGUAUCACAUUGAGGAUUGCCUUGCCAGUGAUCUGUGACAAUAUAAUAAAAUUGCACAUAGCCGCAAUCUUUCAGUGAAAUAAUUUUUUGAACUUAUUACUCAGUAUUUAAAUUAGACAUAAUUUGUGAUUUAUUCUGAGAUUUUUUAUAAGAAACCAGACAUAUUUUAUGCAUUAUUUUAAUGAUUUUUAACGAGUGUUCACAGACAAAAAUAUGAAUCCCAGUUUACCUUUAAGUAAAUUUAUUAUUCUUAAGUAAAAGUUAAAUGUCUUUAGUUGCUCUAGCUAAUAUAACAUAAUGAUAUUUUCGAAUUACUAACAUAUUAAACAUUAUGUGAUAAUGUAAAACAUAAUGCAUUUAUUCUAUACUAUUGCAGUUAUAAUCACAAUUGAAUUAGUAUCAAUUUAGGAAGUAUAAGACAAAACAAUAUCCACUGAGUAGGUCAAAUAUAUCACAUUUUAGUACAAAA